AUGGCGGCCGUGUACGGGCCCCGCGAGCCGAGGUCUCGCGCGAGAGAGCUCUUCGACCGCGCCACCCUGGACGUCGUCGUGCGGCCCCGCGUCGGCAGCGCCGGGGCCGCGGAGCGCGAGCUCGAGGGUCACCUCCGCCGCCAGCUGGAGGGCACGGUCCUGUGCGGGGAGUACCCGCGGACGCAGAUCCUCGUCGUCGUGCAGGCCUGCUCCUGCGACGGCUCUGGGGCGGCAGUGGCGGGGAACGCGGCCUUCCUGGCGCUGCUCGACGCGGGCGUGUCGAUGCGUGCCACUUCCCUGAGCGUCUCGGUCGGCGUUCACCUGGCGGCCGACGCGCCGGCCACGCUCCUGCUCGACCCGACGGAGGCGGAGGAGAAGGAUCGAGGUGCGACGCCGUGGUGA